ACAGCGAACACUACAGAGAUUACCUGAAAUUCAAACAUUUAACCACUAGACAAUAACACACUACUCCAACUGAGAAAACCUGAAGCCAGAAAGCUCAGAAGAAGAAAAAAUAUAAUAAAAUAUAUAACAAAAAAUAUAUAAUAAAAUCUGCAAAUCAGUAAAACCAGCUCACCAGAGACCGGUAACAUGGACAAAGAAAUGGAGAACACGGACAAAAUCUCCAGUUCUCCUACGUUCUCCUUAAACUCAAACACCACUGAGAUUACUGUCAAUACACUGAAGAAGAAGAAGAAGUCAAAGUUCAAGAGGUGUUUCAGUGGAUGGCCGAGGAACAAGAUUCAGGCAGCUCCACUUGAAGAUUUGGAUCAGGAAGAGAAGAGCAACUCCUUAACUCAUCAGUCCAUCAACUCUGGUCAUAAGGAUGAAAAAACCUUCAGCCAGAGCUCUGUGGACUGGUCUCGGCCUGUUGCGGAGACCAAGGCAAAGAAGAGCAAACAUUUAUUACGCUUAUUCCGCAAUAUCAUCUCAAAGAUUUCUGAUUCAAGUAACACGGAUAAAGAAGCAGAGAACAUGGACAAAAUCUCCAGGUCUCCUGCUGUCUCCAUAAACUCAGAGUCCACUGAGAUUACCAACAUCCCUGUAUCAGGAACCAUCGAUAAGCCUGCUAAGGAUCUUAAUGAUCUGAUGCAUUGUGAUGACCAAGAAUUCACUCGCCCUUGUACCCAUCAUCCCAUCAUCAGAGAGGAGAGCACAUCAACAUGUUCUUCUGCUUGGUCUUCCAUGGAUGGGGACAACAUCUCGACAAGUUCCUCUUCUUGGUGUUCCAUGAGUGAGGACGGCAGGAUGACAGACUCUUCUUGGUGUUCCUCCCCUGACUCUGCUAUCUCAGACAUGAUCACAUCAUUUGAUCAGAAUAUCGAUGAGGAGAUUACAAAAGUAUGCCAAAGCUUCUGGAAUCCAGAGAACAUGGAGACAGAGGCAGAUGAUUUUGGAGAAGACCGGACCACAGAGACAGGAUCAAGCUCCCUACAUAGGUCAGAGGAGAGCAUGAGAUCUGCCUCCUGUGUCUCUCCUUCCUCCACCAACACUGCCAUCUCUCAGGCAGGCAAAAUGCUCGUCUCCCACGUGAUUGAUGAGGCUGUCAAGAUACUGCAGUCCACUGAGGCUGUAAAGACACUGCAGUCCACUGAGGCCAUCAACACACUGCAGUCUACUGAGGCUGUAAAGACACCGCAGUCCACUGUGGCCGUCAACACACCGCAAUCCACUGUGGCUGUAAAGACACUGCAGUCCACUGAGGCCGUCAACACGCUGAAGUCCACUGAGGCUGUAAAGACACCGCAGUGCAUUGAGGCCAUCAAGACACCGCAGUCCAUUGAGGCCGUCAAGACACCGAAGUCCGCUGAGGCUGUCAAGACACCAAAGUCAGCUGAGGCUGUAAAGACACCACAGUCAACUGAGGCUGUAAAGACACUGCAGUCCGCUGAGGCCGUCAAGACACCAAAGUCAGCUGAGGCUGUAAAGACACCGCAGUCCAUUGAAGCCGUCAAGACACCACAGUCAACUGAGGCUGUAAAGACACUGCAUUCCUCUGAGGCUGUAAAGACACUGCAGUCCGCUGAGGCCAUCAAGACACUGCAGUCCACUGAGGCUGUAAAGACACCGCAGUCCUCUGAGGCUGUAAAGACACCGCAGUCCUCUGUGGCUGUAAAGACACCGCAGUCCCCUGAGGCCAUCAAGACGCUGCAGUGCUCUGAGGCUGUAAAGACACUGCAAUCCGCUGAGUCCAUCAAGACACCACAGUCCACUGAGGCUGUAAAAACACCGCAGCCCUCUGUGGCUGUAAAGACACCGCAGUCCGCUGAGGCUGUCAAGACACCAAAGUCAGCUGAGGCUGUAAAGACACCGCAGUCCAUUGAGGCUGUCAAGACACCGCAGUCCUCUGAGGCUGUAAAGACACCGCAGUCCUCUGUGGCUGUAAAGACACCGCAGUCCCCUGAGGCCAUCAAGACGCUGCAGUGCUCUGAGGCUAUAAAGACACUGCAAUCCGCUGAGUCCAUCAAGACACCACAGUCCACUGAGGCUGUAAAAACACCGCAGCCCUCUGUGGCUGUAAAGACACCGCAGUCCACUGAGGCUGUCAAGACACCAAAGUCAGCUGAGGCUGUAAAGACACCGCAGUGCACUGAGGCUGUCAAGACACCGCAGUCCUCUGUGGCUGUAAAGACACCGCAGUCCGCUGAGGCCAUCAAGACACUGCAGUGCUCUGAGGCUGUAAAGACACUGCAAUCCGCUGAGGCCAUCAAGACACCGCAGUCCUCUGACGCUGUAAAGACACUGCAGUCCUCUGAGAAGAAGAAGUCACAGUGGAAGGUGUGUUUCAGUGGAUGGCUGAGGAAUAAGGUUCAGGCAGCUCCACUUGAAGAUUUUGAUCAGGAAGAGAUGUGCAGUUCUUUAGAAAGAGAAGAUCAGUCCAUCAACUCUGGUGAUGAGGAUGAAAAAACCUUCAGCCAGAGCUCUUUGGACCGGUCUCGGCCUGUUGCAGAGACCAAGGCAAAGAAGAUCAACAGUUUCUUAUGCUCCUUCCGCAAAAUCUUCUCAAAGAAUCAGAAGAUGAGGAUGAAGGAGGAAGAGGAGGAGAAAAAGAUGAAGCAGUGUCCUUUUUGGAAGCAGCUGUUGUACUGACAACUGUUGACUUGACAUCAAGUCAAAGAUCAAGACCAGUUUCAGAAACUGGCUUGAUAAUAACGUCACCCCAUUUCUCUUUCUCCUAACCCCCCACCCCGCAUCCCCACCUUCUUGCCCCUAUAUCCCUCCUGUUUUCUCAACCCCCAAUCCCAACCCAACCCACACCUUCUUGCCCCCUAUAUCCCCCUAUUUUCUCAACCCCCAAUCCCAACCCAACCUGCACCUUCUUGCCCCUUAUAUCCACACCACCCCCAUUUUCUCACCCCACAAACCCACCUGCCUCCUCCAUGUCCCUCCACUCCCCCCUUCUUUCUCUCAACCUUUUCACCUAAACCUCUAAAUAGCUUUAAAUGUAAUUCAGAGAACCAGGAGACAGAGGCUGAGGAUUUUCGAAAAGUCUGGACCACAGAGACAGGAUCAACCUCCUGACUUUCCAUCAGGUCAGAGAAAAGCCUGAGAUCUGCCUCCUGUGUCUCUUCUUCGUCUACCAACACUGCCAUCUCUGAGGCAAGCAAAAUGCUCGUCUCCCAUGAGAUUGAUGAGACUGUAAAGACACUGCAGUCCACUGAAGCUAUCACGACACCACAUUCCACUGAGGCCGUCAAGACGCGGCAGUCAAGACGCCGAAGGCCCCCCCCCCAACUUUGUGCCACUAUAUCCCCCCCAUUUUCUCAACGCCCCAACCCUCCCCCACCCCCAC